AUGAUAUCCUUUGUCAAGUACACAGCAUCGCCACUGAGCAGCAUUGCUUCCUCCACCAUAAAACUUCCUGUUCCAAGGACUCAACAUUGCACGUUACCCACUAUUCAGAAUGUUCAACAAAGCACUGAGUCCUCCCUCUCUUCCCUGAAACCUAUUUACAUUUCAUCGACUGUGAAUUUCAAACUGUCAACAAAUCUCAGAAGGGGUGUUACAGAAUGCCAGGCCUACGAAGCAGAUAAGUCACGGCCACUAGAGAUUAACAUUGAGCUUCCUGGGGAACAGGCAGGGGCAGAUGCUGCUCAAAAGCUCAAAAUUGGUUUGUAUUUUGCAACAUGGUGGGCUUUGAAUGUGGUCUUCAACAUAUACAACAAGAAGGUUUUGAAUGCUUUUCCUUAUCCAUGGCUUACUUCCACUUUGUCCCUCGCGGCUGGCUCUCUCAUCAUGUUAAUCUCUUGGGCCACAAGGGUUGCUGACGUCCCAAAAGUUAAUUUGGAUUUUUGGAAGGCCCUCUUUCCUGUUGCGGUGGCACACACAAUUGGGCAUGUUGCAGCUACUGUGAGUAUGUCCAAAGUUGCAGUUUCAUUUACUCACAUCAUAAAGAGUGGAGAGCCUGCUUUCAGUGUCCUGGUAUCCAGGUUCUUGCUUGGGGAAGCAUUCCCUAUGCAGGUUUACCUGUCACUGAUGCCUAUUAUUGGAGGUUGUGCACUUGCUGCUGUGACGGAGCUCAAUUUCAAUAUGAUUGGAUUUAUGGGAGCUAUGAUAUCAAAUCUGGCAUUUGUCUUUAGGAAUAUAUUCUCAAAGAAGGGAAUGAAAGGGAUGUCUGUUAGUGGAAUGAACUAUUAUGCUUGCCUUUCCAUAUUGUCUCUAUUGAUCCUCACACCUUUUUCCAUUGUUGUUGAGGGCCCAAAGAUGUGGGCUGCUGGCUGGCAAACUGCCCUGUCUAAUAUUGGUCCCAAUUUUGUCUGGUGGGUAGCUGCACAGAGUGUGUUCUACCACUUGUACAAUCAAGUCUCUUACAUGUCUCUUGAUCAGAUUUCUCCCUUAACAUUUAGCGUAGGAAACACAAUGAAGAGAAUUUCGGUAAUUGUGUCUUCUAUCCUUAUCUUCCACACUCCAAUUCAGCCUGUCAAUGCCCUAGGGGCCGCCAUUGCAAUUCUUGGCACCUUUCUCUAUUCACAGGUGCAUUCCCAUUUACUCUAUUUUUGUUUGCUUAUACUAGAUACUAUCUGUUUGAGACAAAUUAAAAGCAAUGAUUAA